AUGACGGACGUUAUGAGUAUACGAGAGCAGCAGCACUGUACUAUGCAGUACUUUGCUGUUGACCUAGCAGCUGCAGCUUUCGCUUCUGCUUUGGUUACUCCUUGGGUUACAGCCAUCGAUAAGCUCGUCUUCAACAAAGCUACCAGCAACACCUCAGUCAUGGGCUCCAUGCGUAAAUGGGCUUCCAAGCCCAAGGCCACCUUUGCCUCGCUCUUCAUCCCUUUCCUCGUCUACUUCGGAACCUACGCCACCGCCAACAUGUUCGACUCCUUCAACGCCGUGCAAUAUGACCUCGACCCAUCCAUCGUCUGCUCCUCCCCCGCCAAGUUUGCCGCUACUACGACCGUCAGUUCCGGACUCAGCAUAUUCAAAGACGCUUACUUCUCGCGCAUGGCUUGCGGUGGUGGGACUCCUCUGCUGAGUUAUGCCUUGUUCACUCUCCGAGAUGCAGUGACUAUCUACGCUUCCUUCAACUUGCCUACCAUGAUUGCUCCCAAGCUUGCCGAGUUUCCUUUCGCGUCCAUUACCCCGUUUGCGGAUAUCUUCAAAUCCGAUGACUCGAGGCUCAAGAUGGCUCAGCUGUUUAUGCCUGCUGCGUCUCAAGUCGUAAGCACCCCGAUUCAUCUUCUUGGUCUGGAUGUGCAUGCUCGCCAAGUUCGUAUGACGAUUCGGGACCGCGUGAGUGUGAUCAAGCGGCACGUUGGGUUUGCUACGCCUAUGCGCAUGAUACGCGUCUUGCCUUCGUUUGGUAUCGGCAGUGUAGCCAAUACUGGGUUCAGACGAAACAUGAUGACUCGGGUGGCCUGA